CUGGACCAGGCGGGUGUAGGGCGAAGGUUGGGCGAGCGAGUUCAGCAGCCUCGGUGCUGCUGACCUCGAAGGCUCCACCCCAGGAGCGCGGAAGUGCCUUCGCGCCUGACGAAUAGACGCAGGGCCAGCGCUUACUGGGUUACGGCGCAAAAGCGGGUCCUGGCCGGCGCUGUGAUUGGGCGCCAUCUGCCGGGGCGGGCGAUCCAAGGAGGCCUGGAGCAGGCUGCAUGGGGAGGCGGCGGCGCAGGGUGGACUGGGCGGCCGGCGUCGGGACCGGGACCCUGCCCGAGGCGAUUGCCGCGCUCAGUAGACUGCUGCCCGCUGGGCCCAGCCCGGAGAUCUUCCGCCGUGCCAAGUUCGACCGUCCGGAGGCGGCCCCCGCGCUCUGGCGGCUCCUCUUCCACGUACUCGCGCCGCUCCCAGAACGUGGUGCCUCGGCCUCGCUCUCCCCGGAGGCCCAAGCCCGCCUGGUGAAGGCAGUGCUGUGCUCCCAGGGCUACCCGAGGCCUGUGCUGGCACAGCUUCCGGAGGAUGGCUCCCAGGGCAGCCGGGAGCUGCUGCUGGCCCUGUCCUGGCUCCUGGCCCGAGAGCCUCUGAUUGAGCGGCUACUGGUGCAGACUCGCGUCCAACUGGGCGACCAGGUGCCUGAUUUUGAGAGUGGGGCCCUGGCCAGCUCUGGCCCACCUGUAUUACACAUGGGAGCAGAAGUCCCCGUGGACCUCCGCUGUGUGCAGUGGCUGAUGGGAAAGCUGCGGUUCCGGUGGCGGCAUCUGAUCUCCAGUCAGCAGGAGCAGUGCACCCUCCUGGGCAAGAUCCACUUGUAUACCCACGGCUGCCACAGUGACCAGAACCUCGGCCAUCUGUCUGUCACGGAAACUGAGAUGCUCAGGGACCCGGAGGGUGGCCAGCAGCUGCUGUGGGCACUGGAAUGUGAGAACACCCGUCUGAAGGCAGCUCUUGAGUGGCGGCGCUGGGAACUGGUAUUCUGGCGGUGGAUGGACACAGUCCUGGGCAUCUGCCCUCCAGAGGGCCCUGCUGCAGCCUCACGACCCACGAUCCUGCCCAGGGUUCCUGAGCAAGGGCUUGGCCAGCUGGAGCAGGUAGCGCAGGAGCUGCAGGCCCUGCACGAGGAGCUGCUGGAGGCAGGCGCCGCCCGGCGGGUGGCCUGGGAGGCCCAGGUUGAAGGCCUGGGCCGGGGGCCACAGUGGAGUUCUGUGCGCAGGGCCUCUCAGGAGGCUGUGGACCAAGAGCUGGCAGCCCUGCGGAGGUCCUGGGAGCAAGACAGGGGCCCCACCCCACCCCAGGGGCCCCACCGGCUGGUGAGAAGGGAGGAGAGUGCUGCAAGGACCCAGGGCCUGCAGGCGGCCGGGCUGGCCAGGCUGCUGAGGCGCCAGGAGGCCUGUCUGCAGGCCACGUUGCACCGCCUACAGGGACAGUGCCAGCAGGAGCUGGCCAGGCUGGCAGGAGCCCUGCCUGGCCUCAUUUGGAUCCCGCCACCCCGACGCUGACGGCCUGUGGACAUGUCCUCCCCGUGUGGGAAUCUGCCCUGGCCCAGCCUAGAGCUGGUAGCCAUGUGCCACCGUGGAUGCAGAGGUUGGGCCGCGUACUGAAGGACCAGGAUCCAGACCCUUGGCCUGUAGUACUGGGGCAAAGGGACCCAGAAAUAAACAGUGGAGGCCUCCCCGUAGGGAGCAGGCCACUGGCCGUC